UUUUUUUUAUCGUUUCAAUACACUUGAUUAUAUUAUAAAACAUGGGGGCGUUCUCUCAAGCAUUUUCCCAGGAAGAAAUUCAAAAUGGAACAACUCAUGACCUCCUCGCCGGUCAGACUGCUUACCAAGCUGCCAAGAAGUACGACGACUACUGUGAAAGUAAUGGCAAGCCCGAUGGUCAUGCCAAGGCCAAGGAAAUGCUUAGUAAUUUUAUCAGCGCUGCUGUUAACGAACUUGCUGAAACCAAAAGUUUGGACUUCAUUGACAAGCAAGAGGUCAAGCGUCACGCUGAAGAACAAAUUUUCGAUCAGUACGACCAAUAUUAUGGAUUGUAUUGAUUGAUUUUUAUAUUGUGUGUAUCUUUUGUAUAUUCCUUUCCGCUCCAAUUCACUAUUCUUUUAGUUUAGUAAGCAUUAUCACUAUAUAACAAGGAAGAAGAAUAAAAAAAGGACUCUAAGGAGCACUUUUAUAUACC